AUGAAUGAUGAUCUAUGUGGAAAAUUUGGUGUUUUGAGGAUGUAUUUACCCGAUGAAUUAGGCAAAACUGGAACACUCUCUUUUGAUGAAAAUAAUAAUUUUAUUCAAUACUGCCCUGAGAAUGGUUCAGGAAGAAAUGAAUGCAAAAAUAAUCUCGAUAAUAUUACGGCUGGAUUCUUAUGGUUACUUGAACAAUGUUAUUCUGCAAUCGUAAGUAAAACAUAUAAUGAAGAUAAUAGUAAUGCAUUUUUUCUACAUAUGCUUUCAUGGUUUAGUUACAAAUUAAAUCAAAACUCAGAGCCCAAGUCCACCAAAAUAUACGAUUUUUAUACAAAAAAUGUAAUAAAUAGUAAUAAGUAUAAUAGAUUUAAAAAAGAUGCUUAUACAAUUUCAGGUCUUGAGGAAUUCAUAAAUAAAAAAAAAGAUUUAUUGGAUAUUAGUAUUGAAGAUAUGUCUAAAUUUUAUGAUGUGUUCAAAUUAUUAUGUAAUAUACAUGGUAGUGUUGCAAAGAAUAACUAUGAUAGCACACUGUCAAACAAUGCGAAUGAUUUUGUUAAAAAAUACAACUACCUCAACAAUAAUUAUAAUAUUGAAGGUACCAUAGAUAGUAAAAUAUUGUCUGCUUUAUCAACUGAUUAUAAUAAUAUAAAAAAUAAAUGUGAUAAUGCUAAACCUAUAAAUUUUUCAUCCCUUCCAGAGAUAACAACAGACAUUUCUGCACUAGCAUCUAUAGGCAUAUCAUCAAGUUCGUCGAUAGGAAACAAAUUAUUUACAGUUUUAUCGAUAUUUGGUGCAAUAGCAUUUUUUUUAGGAAUUUCUUACAAGUAUUCGUUAUUUGGAUUUCGGAAACGAGCUCAAAAACAACAUUUAAGAGAAAAAAUAAAAAAAAUAAAGAAGAAAAUGAAUCAUUAA